AUGUCUGUCUCAUUAGCUCCACAACAUCAAAUCAAAGGUCAAACUGCAAUUAUUACCGGUGGCACCAAGAACUUGGGUGCCGAAACCGCCAAAGAAUUGGCAAAACUAGGUACCAACUUGUUCUUACACUAUAGAUCCAACCCAGAAGAAGCUAAGAAAUUCCAAGCUGAAUUGACUAAACAAUAUAGUGACAUUAAAGUUGAGAUUCACCAGGGAGAUUUAAAAACUGCUCAAGAUUUAACCAAUUUAUUCAAGGCUGCCAAAACCGCGUUCCCCAAGGGUAUUGAUAUUGCUAUUAACAAUGUUGGACAAGUUAUUAAGAAACCAUUGACUGAAUUCACAGAAGAAGAAUUUGAUUCCUUGGAUUUGAAGAAUAAUAAAGUUGCCUUUUUCUUUAUUAAAGAAGCUGGUUUGAAUUUGAAUGAUAAUGGUAGAAUUGUAUCACUAACCACUUCACUAUUAGCUGCAUAUACAGAAUACUAUGGGGGCUAUCAAGGUACCAAAGCUGGAGUUGAAUUCUAUUCUAAAGCAGCAUCAAAGGAGUUGCAUUCAAGAGGUAUUACUUCAAAUUGUGUUAGCCCUGGACCAAUGGAAACUCCAUUUUUGAUCAAUUCCGAACAAAAGGAAAGUGUUGAAUUUUUCAAGACUGUUGGGUUACAUGGUAAAUUGACUCAAACUGGUGACAUUGUUCCUAUUAUUCGGUUUUUGGUUACUGAAGGGACUUGGAUUACUGGACAAAAUAUCUUUGCUUCGGGUGGUUUCACUGCUCGUUAG